AUGCCUAAAGAAAGAAAGACAUCCGCUUCUAAAAAAUCUUAUCAAUCGAAAAAGAGAAAAAAUCGUAGGAAAAUUCAUUUUUUUGAUACACCAGAAUUCCAAGCUAAAUUAAAAACUUCUCAUUUAAGAGGGCAAGCCGAAGAAAGGGAAAGGACCGUUUUCCCAAAUCGAGGAAGCCCAAUGCCUCAAAUCUUUAAGAAUUUUCCAGGGAUUUUACAAAAGAUUCCAUUAUCAACAAUUCCAUCUACCGAAAUAAAGUUUUAUGAAGACACUUCAACCUCCUCUCACAUAAAACAAAUUCAACAAGAUAAUUCCGCUGAACCUGAGUAUUAUGAAUCAACAGACUCAACAUCAACAGAUCACAACUCCCUGAACCACCCGAGAAUAACAUGA